AUGGCUUAUCAGCUAGCUGUUAGAAACAAGAUUGACAACAACUGUAAGAUAUCACUUAGAAAACCUGAAGGAACAUCGAUUGCCAGAGCUAUCGGAUUUAACAAGGAGAGUGUAAUGAUGUUUUUUGACCUUCUGGAAGCAGAGUAUGCAAAGCAUCGUUACUUUUCAAAUCGAAUCUUCAAUGUUGAUGAAUCGGGUCUAAGUGUAGUUCAAAGUAAACUUACUAAUGUUAUUGGAAUGAAAGGUAAAAAACAGAUAGGAGCCCUGACUGCAGCCGAAAGGGGAAGGCUUGUAACCAUAAUUGCUUGCAUGAGUGCAGGGGGAAAUUUUGUUCCGCCAAUGAUGUUUUUUCCACGUACCAACUGGACUGACUUAUUGAUGAAAAGGGCACCUCCCGGUGCUAUAGGAAGAUGUCAUCCAUCCGGCUGGGUGCAGUCUCACCUUUUUACAGAAUGGUUUUCCCAUUUUAUUGACCAUACAAAUCCAACUUCUGAGUCUCCAGUUUUACUUGUACUAGAUGGACUCUAUUCUCAUACAAGGAACCUGGAUGUAAUUAUAAAGGCAAAAGAAAACCAUGUAACGAUCAUAUGUUUGCCAUCGCACACAACUCAUAAGCUUCAGCCUUUAGAUAGAACAUUCAUGGGUCCCCUAAAAACCUAUUAUAGUGAAGAGGUUAGACAGGCAUUUAGAACAGAAAAAAGGGGACCACAUCACAAUGCAGCCAUCAGCAAUAAAAAGCAGGUGGAUCAGCAUCAGCUAGGAACAAGUAAACAAUGUCUAAUUUCGGAAAAAAGUGAGAAUAAAGAUGAAACUUCAAGCGAUGAAGAAGAUACCGGAAGUCUUAUCUCAUCCGGGAGCUCCAACACAUUAGAUCUUAUUGGACAGGAAGUUCCAGAAGAUAAUGAUGCAGACUGCUUAUUUUGUGGUGAGAUAAUCAAAACAUCAAAAUCUGGAAAACUUUGGGUGCAAUGUAUGUCUAAAUAUGUCUAA